AUGAAGAGAUAUUUUUCAGCGCAAUCAUUUACAAAAGGUAACCAAAAACAAUCAAAACUUACUGAUGAAGCUUCUUCAAAUGAAAGGUCAGAUUUAUCAACAUCAUCUGGAGUAAAACGCAGCAAAAAUAGAAGUAGUCCUGACCUAAAAUGGAUGGAUAAUAGAAAUGAUGCAUACAAAAAAUAUAUAGCAUUUUCUACUUAUUCUGAUUUAUACCAAUUAAUAGAUUUUCACAAAAAUAAUUCUGAAGUUAUGAAACUUUAUGACACUCUUAAAGCAUUACAAUUAUCAUCACUUCUUUCAAAAGAGCAGUUACAGUUAUACACAUGA